AUGUCGAUCGCCGACGAGUUCAGGCAGCGCAAUUUCAGUAUUUAUGGCCAAUGGUCAUCACUUCUACGCAAGUGGGACGCCAUCCAUGCGCAUCCUACUAUCUGCCCGACCAAUCCAAGGACCAUACUCUCUGCAUCAAGUUUACUCGGUUCUCAGUUCGCUGACAAUGUCAACGUCAACAGGCUUGGAGUUCUCAGCAUCAUACUGGGUUUCGCCCUAGGCAUUGCCAACCUCUUCCACGCCAGUUUACUUAUUCUGUUUAGCAUCAUCCUACUCGUUUCCUCCUUCGUCCUAAUCUUCGUCGAAAUCCCACUCCUUCUUCGAAUUUGCCCUACGUCUUCCAAGUUCGAUGCCUUUAUCCGCCGCUUCACUACAAAUUACAUGAGGGCCGCAAUAUAUGGUACCCUGUCAUUGGUUCAGUGGCUCAGCAUCAUCAUUGACGCCAGCAGCCUGAUCGCCGCGGCUGUUGUACUCGCAUUCGCCGGUGCUUGCUAUGCUCUUGCAGGCUUCAAGCAGCAGGAUUUCGUAGGAAGCAAGACUCUUGGAGGACAGGGAGUGGCGCAGAUGAUCGUCUGA